AUGGAUGCGAUAAUUGUCCCGCGAGAGGAAAACGCCAUUCAGCUGCUGCCCAUGCGGCAAACGGCUGAGGCCAAAGUUCACUCGGAGGACUGGACAGGCCUGACCGGCGCGAAAGAGCGGCGGAAGUUGCAGAAUCGGCUCAAUCAAAGAGCGCGCAGUAGCCAACAAACCGAAGAGGUCGACAAACUUACAGUCGCAAUCGGGGCAUUGCACCUCGUAUCCCGUGAGGAGCAAACACAGUUGAUCCAGAGAAGAGGUCGAUCCAAGCCUUUUCUUCUCAGCACGGGCGACGCGCCGAGCAGUGAGAGGACGCUGGAGCAGCUCAGAAGACAGGCCGAGCAGGCGUAUUUCAGCACGGGGAUGGGCAGCCCAGCGCACGGCUGCCUCACCACCAUUGUACGCGUCAACGUAUUCUACGGUCUGGCGCGCAACGCAGCAUUGCUGCAAGUUGGGGACGAGUGGCUGAUGAAACGAACGACCUCAAAGUUUUGCAACCAACCUGCCUCGUCUGACCCGUCACUCCCACCCAACAUGGUGCCCACGUCACUGCAACGGUCGACGCCUCACCAUCCUUGGAUUGACUUGUUGCCUUCGCCGAGGAUGCGCGACAACUUCUUGAUUGCUGCGCACUCUCUUGCGGGCACUGUCGACGAGGACUUGUUGUGUCGUGACAUUGUGGAUGUCGGCGCAGGUCAGGGCGUGGAGCACGCGGCAUUAAUCACUCCCCAAAUGUCCAGCUUUGGAUCUGGUGUUGAUGCCCCGCGUGCGUCCUCUCCAUCCAAUAGCUUCUACGCCAUGAGUGACGACGAUGAAGGCGACUACAACACCAUCAUGCACACGCGAACCGGGAGAGGUGUGAAACUGCUGUUUGCAAAGAGCAAGGUCUACAUCCACCCCAGCCCUUCAGCAAAAGACAACAUUCCAGGGUACAUUGCCCUCUUACAACAGAAACCCUCGCCAAAUACAUCCUCAUCCACGCAUGAGACCAACUCGUCCGCCUCGUCCGAUCUGCUCCUAGCAUGGGUUCCCGAAACCUCCCUCGGCGAGUCGGAGAGCAUGUACGUCAAGGUCGAUGCAUACAGCGACGGCGACUCGCCUCCUAAACAAACGUACCUCGUGCCCCCACCUCCCACAGUCACGACCAGCGUCGGCUCUCUGGCCGCCGGGUAUUCCUUCGCCAUACCUAUUAAUGCGAUCUACUCAUUGCAAGUCCGACCACCGAGUCUCGGCUGGUGGUACGGAUCCAUCAUUGUCAACUCCCGCGCCGGCGACAGCUUCCCCGCGCUCUUCUUCCACGACAAUGAAUGCCAGAGCACCAUGCAUCAGAAGAAGAAGCUCACAAAAGACACCUUUGACCCCUUUGGAGAGCAUGGCCAGAUGUUCUGGGGUGGCGACGAGAUCGUUCGUUGGUUGCGACGGUACGUCAAGGUCGAGAGGUCGGGAGCCGAGCCAAAUAUCUUCCUCAUCGACCCUAGCGCCGAGGACAUGGAAGCCUUUGGCAACAAGCCCACCUCGUCCAAAAAGCAAGGCGCGAAUGCGAGAGGCGACGCCGAGAUGGACCCUUUUGUCAAGUUCUUCAAGGAGACCGGCUGGAACCUCAUGAACCAGUUUAGCAAGGUUACAACUUUCACCCGGAGGACAGCCCAAGACAUCGCCGAAAACUCAAACUUGCCGCCCCAGGUCAAGAAUAUGCUCAGGACGCCCGAGGUGCAAACAUUGCAAGAUGAAUUCGACAGUGCCCGAGUGUACCUGGCGCGGUGGGCCAUGGGUAUCGCUGAGCAGAGUGAGCGUGAAAGGAACCGGCGGAUGUGGACUGCGAAAGACGUGAUGGAACUGGAGGACACGGAACUCGGCGAAUUCGAACUCUUGGAGAGCAGUAGCGCUCUAUCCAUGGAAGACAGACGGAAGCCUGUCACCAUGAAGGAGUGGAAGUCCUUCUUCGACCGAGACAGCGGCCGUCUUGCGGUGACCAUUGACGAGGUGAAGGAUCGCGUCUUUCAUGGUGGGCUGGACCCUGAAGAUGGUGUCCGAAAGGAAGCCUGGCUGUUCCUGCUUGGUGUUUACGACUGGUACGGUACGGCAGAUGACCGCAAGGCUCAGCUGGCGUCGCUUCGAGACCAGUACUACAAGCUCAAGCUGUCAUGGUGGGAGCGUCUCGAGGGGGAGGGCGGCGAAGGUGAAACAGGUGAAUGGUGGCGCGAGCAAAAGGGGCGCAUCGAGAAGGAUGUGCACCGGACUGAUCGCCAUGUGCCCAUCUUUGCCGGGGAGGAUACUCCCCAUCCCGAUCCCAACUCGCCAUUUGCCGAGACAGGCACCAACGUCCAUCUCGAGCAGAUCAAGGAAAUGCUUCUGACGUACAAUGAGUACAAUAAGGACCUAGGCUACGUGCAGGGCAUGUCUGACCUUCUCGCCCCCCUCUACGCCGUCAUCCAGGACGACGCAGUCGCCUUUUGGGCGUUCCAGAAGUUCAUGGAGAGGAUGGAGCGCAACUUUCUGCGUGACCAGUCCGGCAUGCGCAACCAACUCUUGACUCUCGACCAGCUCGUCCACUUUAUGGACCCCAAGCUAUGGGACCACCUGCAGAGCACCGACAGCACCAACUUUUUCUUCUUCUUCAGGAUGCUCCUGGUCUGGUACAAACGUGAGUUUGAGUGGCUGGACGUUCUACGUCUCUGGGAGGGCUUGUGGACAGACUACAUGAGUGCCAACUUCCACCUCUUUAUCGCGCUGGCGAUAUUGGAAAAACAUCGGGACGUUAUCAUGACGCAUCUCAAGGCGUUUGACGAGGUCCUCAAGUACAUCAACGAGCUGAGCAACACCAUGGAUCUUCAAGCCACGCUUAUCAAAGCCGAAGCCCUCUUCCGUCGCUUCCAGCGCUUGGUAGAGGCAGUAGACAAGAAGCCCAACUUCCCCGGUCCGCGAAAGUCGUCGGCUUCAUCAGUCCCCACGACCUUAGACGGACCAAGUUCGACCAAUGGUCGGCCUAGCAGCAGCGCCGCCCCGAACAAGACCAAUGGCAAAGGCAAGGGCAAGGAGGAGGAGACAAAGGUCAUCACGCCUGAGCUGCGGAAACUACUGAGCCGGCAGGUGGAGGUCCUUCCACGCACGACAGUUGCGCAGAAGGGCGAUGGCAUGCCGUCGAGGUAG